AUGGGAUCUUCAUCAGGACAAAGUGGAUAUGAUCUGUCUUUCAAGAUCUUGUUGAUAGGAGAUUCUGGUGUUGGUAAAAGUAGCUUGCUUCUCAGUUUCAUUUCCAGCUCUGUCCAAGAUCUUGCUCCCACCAUAGGUGUUGAUUUCAAGAUUAAACAGCUGAAAGUAAGAGGGAAAAGAGUAAAGCUUACAAUCUGGGACACAGCUGGACAAGAAAAGUUCAGAACAUUGACUAGUUCUUAUUUCAGAGGCUCCCAAGGAAUCAUUCUCGUUUAUGAUGUGACGAAAAGAGAGACGUUUCUGAACUUAGCAGAUGUUUGGGCCAAAGAGAUUGAGCUCUACUCGACUAACCAUGACUGCAUUAAGAUGCUCGUUGGCAACAAAGUCGACAUAGAAUCUGAGAGGAGGGUAAGCCGAGAAGAAGGAACGGCUCUAGCGAAAGAACUCAAGUUUUUGUUUCAUGAAUGUAGCGCAAGAACCCGAGAAAACGUUAAGCAAUGCUUUGAAGAGCUUGCUCUCAAGAUAAUGGAGGUACCUAGUCUUUUGCAAGAAGGAUCAAGCUCUCUGAAGAGAAAACCGGAUUUAAGAACUCAUCAAAGCCGGUGCUGCUCAUGA